CAAAUUCAGAUCCAAAAAAAAUUCAAUCUCAGCAUCAAGACCAAGACACAUCGACACAAUGGGAAAGUCCUCAAAAGAUAAACGCGACGCCUACUACCGGCUUGCUAAGGAGCAAGGAUGGCGCGCUCGAAGUGCCUUUAAACUUCUCCAAUUGGACGAGGAAUUCGACCUGUUCGCCGAUGUCACUCGAGUCGUCGACCUAUGUGCCGCACCCGGAAGUUGGUCGCAAGUACUAUCCCGCGUACUGAUCAAGGGCGAAAAGUUUGGAAGGGCUGCUUGGCAGGAUAAGGAAGCCAAGUUUCGACAGCAGAUGCUGGGAAUAAUACCCAAGGACAGCGACAACGAGCAAAUGACGGAAACUGAGAAGGUUCAGGAGGAGCAACAAGAGACUACAAAGCCCAGAGAAGAUGUCAAGAUUGUGUCGAUCGAUUUGCAACCUAUUUCACCACUUGCGGGUAUUACAACACUUCGAGCCGAUAUCACACAUCCUGCGACAGUUCCUCUGCUACUUUCAGCUCUUGACCCUUCUUAUGAUCCCAAGACUGCUGGCACCCAGGCCUCGCACCCGGUUGAUCUAGUUCUGAGCGAUGGAGCUCCUGACGUGACAGGUCUUCAUGACCUCGACAUCUACGUCCAGUCUCAACUACUCUUCGCCGCCUUGAACCUAGCCCUCUGUGUCCUCAAGCCUGGAGGCAAGUUCGUCGCCAAGAUAUUCCGCGGAAGAAACGUCGAUGUUCUCUACGCCCAGCUCAAGAUCUUCUUUGAGAAGGUCAUCGUCGCCAAACCCCGAAGCAGUCGCGCAAGCAGUGUGGAAGCUUUCAUUGUGUGCAUCAACUUCCAACCUCCCGCCGGUUUCCGCGCCAGCCUCGAAGAGCCUCUCGGUGUUGGUGGACGAUUGGAGGAGAUGCUCAAGGAGAAGGGUGAUGUUGACAUGCAGGAUUCGACGAUAAAGGAUGAAGGUGUCGUGGAAAUGGAGGUUUACGACGAGACGACCGAGGACACGGAGAGAAGCACUCGAUGGGUUGCACCGUUCAUUGCCUGUGGAGAUCUAUCCGCCUUUGACUCCGAUGCAUCAUACCAGCUCCCUGAGGACUACGUCUCUCUAGAUCCCGUCCAGCCCCCCAUUGCUCCCCCGUAUAAACGCGCCAUUGAGAUGCGAGCCGCCAUGUCCGGAUCACAGCGCUAAACAGAUUUUGCAAAUUCUCAAACACAAGAUGAAUAACCCAGCAAGAGAGUUCUGAGUAAAUGCAUCGCUAGAUAACAAAAACACAAAAGCAAAAGCACAUCAAUGCUUGGGCGUGGGCUUCUCGGCUGGACCGGCCAUUUCGAGCAUUACUAGCCCGGCUGAUGGUCCCUUUUCGAACUCUUGGGCGCCUAACUCCCUUUGAUACAGCCGAGCUGCGGCUUGGUCGUGCGUCAUAAGGAGAAGCCCACGCAUGUGCUUCCAUUCGUCAACUAUCUCUUUGAGAGCCUUCAUCAGCCAUGAUGCUAAACCCCGCCGCUGGAAUUCCUCGAGGACAAAUACGUCUGUGAGAUAGGCGAGAGUUACAUAGUCGGUCACCACACGAGCGAAACCGACCAUCUUAUGCGGAGAGCCAUCUUUGGGUUGAGCGAUGCCAUUCCCUGUGUCACUGUUAGAAAAGGGAGAAUUAAGGAUCGGUUGCGUUUCAGUUGGCUUACUCUUCAUCUCUUCGGCGGUCUGUGGAGUAUAGUACACCGCCAAAGUCAAGCAGUUAUCCAGCACUCUUUGGAGUUGUCCUUGCGGCAAGGGGCUGCUCCACCAGUUGUCAUCGAGAGACUUGUUGAAAGUUUGGGGACACAGAUAGGACUUGUCGUUUGUGAGGAAGAAGUUAUCACGGUACCAGAACCGGGGGGCACCCUCAGCCUGGUUCAAAGAGUCGUGGGAGCCCAUAUUGAUGAAUAUACGAGUUAACGAUAUUGUCUUCAAGUUUCGAAAGUUUGGUGUUUGGUGUUUGGUGAGGGUUCCCGAGGGCUUGGUUUGAGUCGGUAGGAUACAGGAGAUGGUCACACAGCUUGAAUCGAAAGCAAACAGGACUUUCGUGUUACCCAAGGGGUAAGGAUCGUGACAAUGAUGUAGUCGUCAGCACAAAGGGUGUACGGCUAGCGGCGGCUUCCUUGGCGGGGAAAUCAGGGCGUGUGAUCGUGAGUUUAGUCAACGAUGUUUGACUCGUAGAGGAAACGGUUGGUCCAAGAAAGGGUCAUGUGGUAACGGGUAGAUAAGAUUCAAGGCUUGUGGAGGGACAACAAAGAAUCUGGGGUAAAGCCAACAAAAGUCAAGUUCUUGCUGAUCAAGUUUCGAUGCUUGGGAACGAACAAACUACGAACUGCUAUGAAAUCAUGGCUCCGUGCCAUGUUUUGCUG